AUGCAAUGUUCACUUGUGUUGUUCUUUCAUUUCGGGACACCCGACAACGAGCACCUUAUCCCAGGGUCUAUUGGAGGAGAAGUAGACCAAUGGACCGCGAAUCCAAGGGACUUUUCGACAGAGAUGGACUGCCUUACGGUAUGUGGAUGGGAAACUCCUUACGAGAAAUUUGUAUCUCCUGCCAGUGGCGAAUGUCAAGUGUCUCGAAAUUACUCACAAGCCUUGGAUUGUCUGGUCAUUGGGCGGACCACGCAGGAUCACGACUCAGCCUGGGGAGGCUUCAACUUUGCGGGGAAGUUGAAGCGAGAUGGGACUAUCGUAAUGAAACGAGAAUCGAAGGAUUCCACCGAUGCUGGGCUCGGUACGUGGAUUUUCGAAGGGAAUGUACGAUAUGGAUCCGUAUUUGCUGGAACGUGGAGGUCAAGUAAUUCACCCGGUAGCGGCAUUCACGGGAUAUUCAGUUUAGGAAAGAAGGUCUAUCCCUCUCAGAGCGAGCACUAA